AUGGAGGGUAAGCGGAAGCGGCCUUUUCUUGAAGAAAUUGAAGACGACGAAUCUGACAAAUCCAAGCAGAAGAAGGUUAGAUUUCCUAAAGGUAAGAAGGUGAAGAGUGGGGAUGAAACAGUGGAGAUAGGCAAAGCUGAAGAAGAAGGUCCAGGUGAGGGGAAGAAUCCUCGUCUCGCUGCCAAGGAGCGUGCAAUGCUUCGCAAUGAAAUUACUGCUCAAAUUUUCAGUGAAGAUAUGAAUGAUGCGUUUGCUGCUGAAGUUGCUUAUGAGGAAAAUGAGAAUUUCAUCGAAGAUGGCAUUCAGAUAGACCCAUUUAAUCUCGACAAAGAGAGAGAAGAAGGUUAUUUUGAUGCUGAUGGAAAUUUUGUUGAAUAUAUCAAUCGAAAUGAAAUCAAGGAUGCGUGGUUGGAUAGUGUUCAAGUCGAUCAAAGAUAUGCUGGAAAAAGGUCUAUGGUUAGAAUUAAUGAAGAUGAUGACAAAGAUGAUGUCCGUGAACUUUCAUCUGAAGAAAUUGGAGCAAUAAAGAGCCGUAUUGCCAACUUGCUUGAGCCAGGAGAAACGGUUUUACAAGCUUUGAGAAGGUUGAAAGGAAGAUCAACCAAGAGCAAGGAGAAGAUGUCGACUGAGACACAGCUUCUGUUUGACCAGCUAACUGAAGAUGCCAACAAGCUGUUGGAUAAUGGGGAGUACAAUGUAUAUCAUGACAAGCAAGAGGUUUUCAAGCGUGAGGCAGAAGGAUAUGAAAGGUUAGCUUUAGCUAGGGGGAAGGGCACAUCCGUCAGUGAAGGCCUGGAGGAUUCUGAUUACAGCAUGAAGGACUUGUCCUCUGGUGUGACUGAUCUUGGUGCAGCCUCUUCAGUACUCUCUAAUAUGGAUGUCGGUUCUUCAAUCCCAAAUGGAUCUACUGCAGAAAUCUCAGGCAAUGAUGGUGAUGCAUACGACAUGUUUGGGGAUGAUGAGGAUAAGGCUAUUGCUGUUGGAUCGUCAGACAUUAGUAAUUCGGUCUCUGGCUCCAAGUCUAAUGUAGCCUGUCAACCAUCAUCUGAUGGUCUCAAUGCCAUUUCUGAAACUGGACCUUUGCAAAGUGAUUAUGUCUAUGAUGAGACUUCUGGGUACUUUCUCCCUCUCUCCACGCUUUUAAGUAAAUUGCAAUAG